AUCUCACUGUUCACGCUUCACUCGAGGAAGAACAACACAUAGGCUGCCUGUGUUUAUUCUGCUAUAAAAGCUCACUUUCCAUUGUUUUUUGAGCACUCGCAUUAUGGGGCUCAGUGAACAGGAAUGGCAGAGGGUCGUAGACAUCUGGGGGAAAGUGGAACCAGACCUCCCUGUUCAUGGGCAGGAAGUUAUCAUCAGGAUGUUUCAGAAGCAUCCUGAGACCAAAGAACGCUUUGACAAGUUCAAACAGCUGAAGACUCUAGAUGAAAUGAAGAGCUCAGAAGAACUGAAGAAACAUGGAACUACCGUCCUCACUGCCCUGGGCAAAAUCCUGAAGCAGAAAGGAAACCAUGGAGCAGAACUCAAACCACUGGCAGAGACCCAUGCCAAAAUCCAUAAGAUUCCAGUCAAGUACCUGGAGAUCAUUUCUGAAGAAAUUGUUGGCGUCAUUGCCGACACACAUCCUGGGGACUUUGGGGCCGAUUCCCAGGCGGCGAUGAGGAAGGCCUUGGAACUGUUCCGGAACGAUAUGUCUACCAUGUACAAGGAGUUUGGGUUCCAGGGCUAGUGAGGAUACAAGGCCCUGUGGCCCCGUGAUGUAUAACCGUGUGCUGCUGAAAGUGGGUUGUCACGUUAGGAGGAGAAUAGUUCCACUUCAUCAUAGAAAUAUAGUUUGGCAUCAGCUUGAAAAAUUCAUGUUAAGGUUCAAAUUCACAUGCUGAUGGCAAAUCUACAUCUUUAAGAGUAACUCUGUCCCAUUUGUAUUUGUGGGGUUAUUUAAAAGGCCAAAGAGACAGCCAGGUAUAGUUAAAUCCGUCCCCACCUGUCACUCUUACCACAGCAGUCUGUCUCCCAAGAUCUUUCCCCCACUCAACUAGGCUGUGAUAUCAGAAAUCAGUACAGGGUUUCUCAAACCCUGGUCCCUAGAUAUUGUUGGACUACAAUUCCCAUCAUCUCCAAUGACAAUGGCCUUUGGCUGUGUCUGGGGAUGAUGGGAGUUGUAGUCCAUUGACAUCUGGAGACUGAAGCUUGAGAAACUCUGGGUUAAGAGAAAAGGGGAGUGAGCUGUAGGAGAGGGAAGGAUCUAACACCCCUUACUCAUAUAUGCCUUUGUUUCUUUAAAUGGCCUGCCCUCACCCACUCUUUGUGGGGCAGAGUCUGCUACUGCCUGCAUGUGUAAUUUGACUCGUAUCAUUUGAGGCUGCUGUCUUGGAUUGUUGACAUAAACUACUGUAAUUUUUGGCUCAAGUAAAAAUUAUAUAUGAUAUGGUUAUA